AUGAAGGUCAAUCUGGCUGCUCAGGUGUUAAGUAGUACUAUGGCUCUUGCACUGCGACAUUUCUACACUGAUGGCUCAGCAGAAGAAACUGCAAGGUUCUGUGAAAUGAUAAACAGAUUCUUCGACUGCCUCAAUGUCUGGUCAACCUCCGAGUACACAAGAAAAAGAAAUGAUUUCCUAGCUCCAUAUUCCAGUGCCGAUGAUGAGCGUUUUAACUGGCUACAGAAUACAUUUUUGGUGUAUCUGCAAGAGUGGCUGACUGUAAUUCACCAAAGGACGGGGAAUUUUUCAAAUGACGAUCGAGCAAAAAUGUUCAUCUCUCAUCAGACCUACCAUGGCUUGAGAAUGACAGUCCAUUCCCUAGUUGAGGUGACAAAAUUCCUGCUUUCAGAAGGACUGGAAUAUGUGCUCUGAGAAAUUUUGCCAAGAUCUUCUCGAAGAAUACUUUGGUCAUCAGCGGUCAAGCCAAGGAGGCCAACUGUUCAAAGUUUUGGCUACAACAACCUCACCAUUGCUGCUCAGCGUAGUGUUGCUCCUGUUGUAAGAGGGAAUGUAAUGGGCCGGCACAAAGGAGAAUCCUCUAAAUGGGUAGUAGUCUCGGAAGAACCUCUUCCGAAAAGAAAGCGCAAGUCUUCACAAAAGAACAAAUAGCUUGUGCAUGGAAGAAUGUAUGUAUUAUGAAACAAUAUUACCUAUGUGCAUACUAUAUGUAUAUACCACAAAACUCUUCUUUUAAUUUAAUAUUCAUAAGUUGGUAUUUAAACUCAAAAACACUGGGCUCAACAGUAAGAAUAUUGAAACAGCGAAGUUUCUGAACUGUCUGACAAAGUGUUCACUUCAAUUGGGUUGCAAGUUGUAAAAAGUAAUCUUUUAUCAUUGGGUAUUGUAAUACGCACUAUACUAUUCUAAGGCCCUGUUUACAUGAGACCGGGACCAAGUCAAACCGGAAUGAAAAUUGAAAGUCAACAUGUUUACAUGAGACCGGUAUGAAAAUCACAAAAUUUUCAAUUUAUCCCUCUUGCCAGGCAAUUUUCUUUUCUAGAUGGCUUUUGUUAGCUUGUGUUGUUCCAAUGUCAAGGUUACAGCCGAGACCGGUCUGAAAUGUAUUUGUGUUUACAUUCAUCCCGGUCUGAAUUCGUGCCUGUCUGAAGUCAGUCUGCUUGGUCCAGCAGGCGGAAUGACUUCAGACCAGUCUGAGUUUUUUUCAUCCCGGUCUCAUGUAAACAUCUAUUAUAAAUAAUACUAUGACCGAAACGAUUCAGAGGCGACAUGUAUGAGCAGGGCCAUAACUAUUGGGGGGAGGGGGGGAGGUGACACCCCCACCCAUUACAGUUUUGUCUGUCAAUUUUAAUGACAUACUCAUCAGGCACAAAAAAUGUAAUUCAGCAAAAAAAUUUACAUAAUUUUUUGAAAAAUAAUUUUGGGCACCUGAAAUGUGGUCGGGCAAAAUAAGCUCACCCCCCAGCUGUAAUAAUACCCAGGUUACAGUCCUGUGCAUGAGGCCAAGUUACAGUCCUGUGCAUGAGGUCAGAAACUUCAAGGAUUUCAACAUGACUUUAGUUGCCUUUAUGUGUAAAUAUUUAUUCUGUCCCAUUGUUAAAUGCACUAAUAAUAUCAAUAUUAUUAAAAUAAUUUGUUUACUAUAUACAAUAUUUACAGUAAGUGUUUCAAAUUUCAUAAACUAUUGAGCCUUCUAUUAACAAAAAGUCUCUGCCUAUUGUAGUGGCAAAGCUAGCCUGACAAUUUAGUCAUGCUAUGCAAAUGUUUUCAAUUUCUAAACUAGGGAUCCAAGGAUAGUGUGAAGUUUCAAAUUGAAAAAGAUUCUGCAAGAACUAUAUAGGGUCGCUGACAACCUAGAAAAGCUGAUGUCUUACACUACGAAAUAAACAAUCACCAACGGCAUUUCAUCUCAUUAUAUAUUGCUUUUAAUGCGCUCGACACACGAGUAGCGUGACGUUUGAAACAAGCCUAACACAUCAGAAACGUACUUUGUGAAACUGAUACAAUUUAUCUAUUUAUUGUGAUGCUACACACGACAAUUCAAAAUUUCAAUUGCAGUUGUCGCUAAUAAAAGCAUCUGCACAAGGCUACUGCAAACUUAUAAUUGAAAUAGAUGUAUACGAUAUGUUAUAAAUAAUAAGCACUACGUCGUUACAUCAUUGAAAGGAAGCAUUUUAUCUUCAUCCGUUCCAUAUUUUUUUCGCAUUUCCGUUCUGUGGUCCGCUCCAUCCGCUUCCGCAUUUUAACCUAAUUGUGACAUAUUUUACAAUUAAAUAACAAGUCCGCACUGACCUUUGACUUUUCCCAGUGUCACGUUGUGUCUAUUUUUAACUUUUCGCAUGUUUUGAAUAAUGUCACUUUAGAUUUCAAUAGUUUCACAGUUAUAGCAGUGUUUAAAGCAGUUUUGACAAGCUUUGAUACAGUUCUGUGUACAGAAUACUACAGAUUAAUUCUCAUAAGAUCUGGUAGAGUUAACGUUGCACUGAACACGAGUUUGCACCGUUGACAACGGCGUUGUGCUAGACAGUAAACAAGGUGCGCGACAGUACACGUUGGCUACAUGUACCUCCUUGCUUUUUUCUUCCAUUGCAUAAAGCUUCUUGGUUAGCCAAGCGAUUGGUGAUAACCCGUUGGCGAUAACAUAUUGGCUAUCUCCUCGUCUUUUUUAUUAGAAUAAGGAGCUCUGACUCAACUGAUUUCCUUCGUCUCGCAAUAUUUUCUUCAUAAACGCCUGUACAAUCCGUGGGUCACUUUGGACAACCGUUUUCCGUGAAAAUGGAUUUUAAAAUAUUUUAUUAGAAAACUGUUUUCCGUGAAAAUGGAAAACGGAUUUUAAAACAUUUUAUUAGAAAACCGUUUUCCAUAAAAAUGGAAAAUGGAUUUUAAAACAUUUUAUUAUUAUAUUUAUUGAGUGCGGGCGGGGGGGGGGGGGGGGAGCGCGGGCAGGGGGAGGAGUGCGGGCAGGGGGAUGCGGGGGAUCGACAUUUGUUAAAAUCAGGAUUAAACGUUUUUGCUGCAUCUCAACAUCUGUGACAAGACAUUCGAAACUGGUUGUAGGUAUUUAUUUAUUUAAAUUUUUUCCCCAGUAGUAUUUACAAGAAUAGUAAUUAAUUAUGUAAAAUAAGUAAUGUAAGGUCUAGACAUCCACUAGAAACCUGGACAGGCUUUUGAAUUAAGACCUACCCCUAGUUGAUAAAGAAUUGAGACAUACGAUUGAGGUUCAAGAACUUGACAAGUUCACAAUUAACAUACGAAUACAUUUUGCCCUCUAUAUGAUUAACAAGUAAUCGCACAGUUCCUCGUAAAAUUAAGAUUUAAUUUCACUUCUGUUAACUUUGAAAACACGCGUGAAAUUAAACCUUAAUUUUACUCGACCCCAUGCGAUUACCUAUACUAAUUUGCCCGCCUUCAUUUUGACUGGGGGCAGCUCCCCCCCUUGCCCCGUACUCCUAAUGGGCUAUUGGUUCUUACUUUAUAUUAACUGCCUUACUGUGUAAAUACUAGAUGACAAAAACGGAUUUUUAUGAUUUAACAGGUCUUCUAAACCAGUAUCAACAGCACAAGCAGUUUCUUUACCACCAUCGAAGAAACAGAAAGUAGUGAAAUAUUCUUUGAAAGUUACUCUAGCAGAGCUUGAAAGGAACAAGAUUGUUAAUCAAUCACGUCAGAAAUAUAUUAUGAUUGCCGAAGAUAGUGCCGAUGUUGGUUCAAUAACGAAAGCUUGCAGGAAAGAGUUUGAUGACGAAACUUUGGUUAUUGUUUCCAGCAAUGGCUUAUCUAUAGAAGAUAGUGAAGCUACCCAAGGUACAAAUGUUUUCUAUUUGAUGUGGUUUGAAAUUCUAUUUUAUGAUUUUAUAUUAUGGUAUUUACAAUGUAGUUUUUUAAAAAUGCUUGUGUAAACCAUUUUACCCAUUGACUGACAUGGGCGGAUUUACUAGGGGAGUUAGGGGGGUUAAACCCCCUUAGAAUCUCUCUAACAAAGUGUUCAAUUCCACCAAAAUUUUGCUUCAACCCUCCUAUUUUGGCUGAAAGUCGUAACCUUAAUGCCUAUAACCCCUGCCAAAACUCGCUCAGUGGUGCCGCUUGCGCCCAACUAUAGAAUUUUUUCCACCCCACCUUUAAAAAAAAGAAAAUCCGGCCCGCCCCUUGCAUUGACACAUUGACAUUGUACAUGUUUGUUUAAAAAUAAUUUUAAUUUAGUAAUAUUAAAGCUAAAUCUCAUAUUUAUGCCACAGUAUAAACUAGACUUAAAGUAUAGUUAUUAUAAACUAUUUACCCUGAACUUUAUCAAGCUAUAUACCAAUCUGACUCUUGUUGUUGGAUGGACUUUAUAUAUCUUCUACAACAUGCAUCCAGAAUUAGUUUAUAUGUAUACCCUAAUUAUACUAUAUACUGAAAAGUGUUGUAUGUAACUUUAUUAAGGUUUAUCUUUUUGGAAAUCAAAUUCAAGAAGAAUCUUUGCAGUCCCCAUGAAAAGAGCAGUGAGCCUGAGGUAGUGAACAUUGAAGAUGAUGAAAAGAAAGAUGAAAAGUUGAACAAUCUCAUGACUAAGAUCAAAGGUAACUACCAACAAUACAUUAUACAUAUAAAAAUUAAAUUAAAUUGAUAUGUGUUGUUGCCUCUGAUAACAGUUUAAUUUGUUGUACAUACUGUAUAUCGUCAAUUUGUUAUAUAGCUUAGUUCCAUGAAAUACUAAUAUACCAUGUCAUAAAAGCAGUUUAUAUAGGCAUUAUUGCUCAAUUUUUGUUGCAUUUUUGGUUUACAGAUGACAUAAUUGAGAACACCAACCAAGAAAUGUCACAGCACUUCAACGAAAUAAAACAAUCUGUUGUUGAUAUAAAGGCAGACCUGCACACACUAGCCAUGUUUGAAAGCACUAAACUUAUUUUGGAAAUUGGAAAGGAGCUACAGUGUAUCAUAUGCAAAUAUGUGAUAGAACCACCGGCCGUCUUUGCGAAUUGUUGUGGUAAAAUACUUGGCUGUGAAACGUGCAUAACUCCAGCUGUUGCAACAACAAGAGCUUGUCCAAAUUGCAGAAGUCAUGAUACUGAAGGAAUACAUAUUGUACGUGGAUUAGAAUUUCUUAGUCAGCUCAAAACGGAAAUUUCUAAAAGUGAUGGCAUAUAG